CAGCUGCUGCUAUGUCCAAGGCUUGGAAUUGCCGUGGUGAAUCUAAAACUGUCUCAGUAGUGGUGAGCUGACCUCACCCAAGUUCAAAGCCCUACUCUGCCUGAUCCUUUUUUCCUGAGCCUCAGAGCUAAAAUGCCCCUGAGCUCUUUCCUAUUGGCUGGAAAGACGAAUUGAAGUUCCCUUGCCCAUGUUAGGAGGUGUACGCCUCCUGAACUAAAGAUAGAAACAGCUGGCCCUUCCAGGCAGCUAAAAGCCUCCAGACUAAGAGGUGUUCCCCAUUCGGCAGCCAGACUCCUUGAAAUACCCUUUCAGUAAUCAUUCAACCAACGCUUCCAUGUCUCUACUCUGUCGUAACAAAGGCUGUGGGCAGCACUUUGACCCUAAUACCAACCUUCCUGAUUCCUGUUGCCAUCACCCUGGGGUCCCAAUCUUCCAUGAUGCACUUAAGGGUUGGUCCUGCUGCCGAAAGCGAACUGUAGAUUUCUCUGAGUUCUUAAACAUCAAGGGCUGUACUAUGGGACCACACUGUGCUGAGAAGCUUCCUGAGGCCCCUCAACCUGAAGGCCCUGCUACAAGCAGUUCACUUCAGGAGCAAAAACCUCUGAAUGUGAUUCCAAAGUCAGCAGAGACCUUGCGCCGGGAGAGGCCCAAGUCAGAGUUGCCUCUGAAGCUGCUGCCGCUAAAUAUAUCCCAAGCCCUGGAAAUGGCAUUGGAACAGAAGGAAUUAGACCAGGAACCUGGGGCAGGACUUGACAGUCUGAUCCGGACUGGUUCCAGCUGCCAGAACCCAGGAUGUGAUGCUGUUUACCAAGGCCCUGAGAGUGAUGCUACUCCAUGUACCUACCACCCAGGAGCACCCAGAUUCCAUGAGGGGAUGAAGUCUUGGAGCUGUUGUGGCAUCCAGACCCUGGAUUUUGGGGCAUUCUUGGCACAACCAGGGUGCAGAGUCGGUAGACAUGACUGGGGGAAGCAGCUCCCAGCAUCUUGCCGCCAUGAUUGGCACCAGACAGAUUCCUUAGUAGUGGUGACUGUAUAUGGCCAGAUUCCACUUCCUGCGUUUAACUGGGUGAAGGCCAGUCAAACUGAGCUUCAUGUCCACAUUGUCUUUGAUGGUAACCGUGUGUUCCAAGCACAGAUGAAGCUCUGGGGGGUCAUAAACGUGGAGCAGAGCUCUGUCUUCUUGAUGCCAUCUCGGGUUGAAAUCUCCCUGGUCAAGGCUGACCCAGGAUCCUGGGCCCAGCUGGAGCACCCUGAUGCACUAGCUAAGAAGGCUAGGGCAGGGGUUGUGUUAGAGAUGGAUGAGGAAGAAUCUGACGAUUCAGAUGAUGAUCUGAGCUGGACAGAGGAGGAGGAAGAGGAGGAAGCAAUGGGGGAAUAGUGACACCAGACAGUUGAUGUCUAGAUAGGACCUCAAUGAUUCCCUUAGAAUCUUAGAUACCAGGAUAUUGUUGGCCAUGUGGCAUCAUUGAGCAGCAGGAGGCUGAAGGAGGGGAGAACAAAAUUGUCCAAACCAUGCUGUUUUUUCCCUUAAAUAAAUCUUGUAUUCUUCAGUUUCA